CAUGCGCCUUCUGUCUAUUGUCAUCAAUUUUCUUCAUUUCUGUAACAAUUGUGUAAUUUUCCAAAAUUUUCAUCUAAUCCCCCCACAUGUAAUAUUAAUCAUUAAUCAUCUACAAGAUACACAUAGGACGUUCACAAAAAAAUAAAAUGUUUAGCAAAUAGCGUCGAAAACGUAUAGUUUCCUCCAAAGUCAUUCGCGAGCCUUAUGGGAUCAAAUAAUUCGAGAUCAAGAAGGAUGGUCGACGAAGAAAGCAGACACCAGUCCGGUUCGGAAGAUGAGUCUGAUCAGGAGCUCGACUACGCCGCUAUCUUGCAAAGUCUAAUUAAUAGGUAUACAAAUGGUUCCGUUCAUAUUAUUACGUCGCAUUACGACGAUGAAGACCAGUAUUAUGGGCCGCCUCUACCUAAAAUCAAGCAUAAGCCGAAUACCGAGGAUCUGAAGGCGAGUGAAUUUGCACAGCUAACCAAACAGGCUUCCGGUUUAGGAUUAUCGAAACGGAAAAUGCCUCAGAAUAGUAUCGGCGCGAUGCUGUUAAAUAGAGAAAGGGGAAUGUGUACAUAUAGUAGUUUCUCGUAUGCCAAUAAAUGUAAAAUAGCGAAUCGUUACUUACCGAAUAAGAUGACUGUCCUCGACCGUUACGCCGGUAAGGCGUUCUGUGGAAUAUAUUCGAAAGACGGAGAGUACUUCAUUACCGCAUCGCAAGAUCGUCAAAUACGUUUGUACAAAUCCGGUGAUAAUUCGUACAAGUGCACGAACUCAUUCUUUGCGCGCGAUGUUGGAUGGAGUAUUAUUGAUGUCGCCUUCAGUCCAGAUCGAGAGCAUUUUGUUUAUUCUACGUGGUCUUCGUCAUUGCACCAAUGCUCCGUGUUGGGAGAUUCCGAUCAUCAAGAACCCUUGUGCCUUGUAAAUACCGGUCGCCGUUUCUGCGUUUUCUCAGUAAUAUUCUCGUCGGACGGAAAGGAGAUCCUCGGAGGUGCAAACGAUGGUUAUAUUUACGUUUACGAUAGAUUAAGCAAUAGACGUUCGCUUAGAAUACGUGCCCACGAGUAUGAUGUUAAUAGUGUCGCUUUCGCUGACGAUACCUCCCACAUUAUAUACAGUGGAGGCGAUGACGGUUUAAUAAAAGUUUGGGACAGGCGCACCUUAACCGAGGCGAAUCCGAAGCCGGUCGGUGUUCUGGCGGGACACAGAGAUGGUAUAACGUUUAUCGAUUCGAGAGGCGAUGGCAGGCAUCUCAUAUCGAAUAGUAAGGAUCAGAGCAUAAAGCUGUGGGACGUACGAGUCUUUUCCGCGCAAAGCGCCGCCGAAAAUACUCUCAGAGCCGUGCACGACCAGACUUGGGAUUAUCGCUGGCAGGAAGUUCCAAAAAAAUUGUAUAGCUCAAAGAAUAAGUUAGAAGGCGAUACGUCGAUCAUGACGUAUAAAGGACACGUGGUUAUUAAAACUUUGGUAAGGUGUAGAUUUUCGCCUGUAGAUACGACGGGACAGCGGUAUAUUUAUACGGGUUGUGGUGUUGGACGUGUUGUUAUUUAUGAUGCUUUAACUGGAAAAAUCAAAGGAGAGCUAAGUGGACAUAACGCAUGCGUACGCGAUGUCGCUUGGCACCCUUACAAGAAUGAAAUAAUGAGUUCUUCGUGGGAUUCUAUAGUAGGACGGUGGAGAUAUGUCGGCAAAGAAAUUUCCCCAUUUGUCCGAAGGGAGUCCGAAGACUUGUCCCUUAAUAAGGAGACAACACACCAACCGCAAUCUCUUAGGAGAAGUUUGAGAAUUGCUUUAAAGCGUCAGCGAGAGGACCCCGACAGCCGUACAUCGCCAAGCAACACGGAUUAAUUAUAUUUUUUAAAAAAAUGGAUACAUUAAGCGAUUAUUUAAUUUAAUAAAUAUGCAUUUAUGGUUAUGGUACGGCUGAUUUCAUCUUACACUUCGGACAGAUCGAGAACUUUUUUGUUGUUAGUUUUAUUUUUGCCCCUGAUGAAAUUGCGGUAACUUGAAGUCGGCCUGUAAAUUAGAUAGAUAUAUAUCGUUAACUAUUGUGAUUAUAGUUGUGAUAAUUUACAAAUACGUCAUAACUUAAGUUAUCACAUAAGGAAAUCUUGUAACUUCCACAUUUAUAAUAGCAGCCGCUUUACUCCGUUUUGAAUACAGUUUCAAAUACAAACGAUGACGUACGAUUAAGUCCCCAAGGUUAAUCAUUUACUUGUUAUUUUAUUCGAUCUCCCCUGAGUUGUGAAUCUGCUUUAAUUUUGUUUUUGUACAGUGUUUUCUUUGGUUUUUCGUUUCAAGAAAAAAUAAACGUUUCUUAGCCCCUCACAAAA